AUGUUUAGACAAUCAUUACGUCAAGUAGCUAAGCAAUCGAUAUCUGCUGCAAGGAGAACAUACGCAACUGAAGCAGCUCCAUCAUCAGAUGCUUUAAGAUUAUCAUUAGCUUUACCAUUUCAAACAUUAUAUGCAAACACAGAAGUUGAACAAGUCAAUUUACCAUCAAUUAAUGGUGAUUUAGGUAUAUUAGCUAAUCAUAUUCCAAUCGUUGAACAAUUGAGACCAGGUUUAUUAGAGAUUAUACAAAAAGGUGGAGAAACUGAACAAUACUUUGUCAGUGGAGGAAUUGCAAUGGUACAACCAGGUAAUAAAUUAACUAUAAGUGCUAUUGAAGCUUUUAAACCAGAUCAAAUUGAUGCAAGUGCUGUUAAAAAUUUAAUUGCUGAUGCUCAAAAAAGAGCUGAAUCAGGUGAUGAAGUUGUAGCAGCUGAAGCUAACCUUGAAUUAGAAGUUUUAGAAGCUUUACAACACGUUGCUAAAUAA